CGUUGCAGAAAGAGUUGCGUUUAAACGCAACUCCAAAAAUCAAACGCAAGUCCCCUGAAUCUUACGCAACUUUGCGUUAGAUCGCAACUCUGUUGCAGAAAAGAGAUGCGUUUGAUUUCUAACGCAACUAUCAAGCGCAACUCUCCUUGAUCAAACGCAACUUUGCGUUUGAUCAGUGAUCAUACGCAAGUUGCAGUAAAUCCAUAGCAACAAUAUGGCAGCCAUACUAGUAGCAGCUGCAGCAGAAGCUGAGGAAGUUCAGCCACAUCCUGGCCGUGUAUUAAGAGACAGGGAGCAACCCCUUGACUCUCUCACCGAGACACAGUUGCUGAAGAGGUACCGAUUCGGUCGCGAGGCAAUAUUCUUCAUAAUCAAUCUUCUUACCAAUCAAAUCGCACCACCCACCGAACGCAACCAGGCAAUCCACCCGACACUCCAAGUUUUGAUCAGCCUCAAUUUCUUCGCGACCGGAUCGGUAUUAGAAAGUGAUGCCAACAUCCAUCGCAUUCACCGAAGCACUGUGUCUAGAGUAAUCCACAGGGUCUCUCAAGCCUUGUGUGAACACAAGAGCCAGUUCAUCAAGUUCCCAAGGACCGAUGAAGAAACAGCUGCCAACAUUCAGGAUUUUUAUAGAAUUGCAAGAUUUCCGAGAGUGGUAGGGGCUGUUGAUGGUACCCAUGUGUGCCUUCAUGGCUGCCCAUUAGGCCCCGACGAAUACGUUUACACCAAUAGGAAGGGCAGGUCUUCCAUCAAUGUCCAAUUAGCUUGCAAUACAAAAUUCCAGAUAAUCAAUGUCGUUGCAAGAUGGCCGGGGAGUACCCACGACUCCAGAGUUCUUCAGAAUAGCAGACCGUACCGCAAGUACAAUAAUGGAGAACUGAAAGGGAUCAUCCUCGGCGACUCUGGUUAUCCCUUGAUGACAUGGUUAAUGACCCCCAUCCUUAAUCCACAGACACCAGAGGAACAAGCCUACAACAAUGCACAGUGCAAGACGAGAUCAAUUAUCGAACAAUUGAAUGGACAGUUGAAAAAUAAAUUUAGAUGUCUGCUCGGUCAUGGCCUACAAAUUCGACCAAAUAGGGCCUGCAGUAUCAUCACAGCAUGUUGCAUAUUAUUUAACAUUAGUAAAAGAUUCAGACAGCCAGCAGGAGACGAUAACGAAGAUGACCACAUGAUCGAUGACAACAUGGAAGGAGAAAUCAACAGGGAAAGGGGAGAUGCAGCAGCCAUCGCUGUCCGGGCCCAGAUCGUACAGUCUUUUGUUGUGUAGUACAUCAUUUUUCAUUAUAUCAAUGCUGGGAUUUAUGUAAUGCUGUAAGCACUAAUAAUUUACACCGCCCCCCUUUUUCAUAAGGAUAACAAGUUGAUUAAAAUGUAAUACUUGGAGCUGGCAAUUACGUAUAACCUUCUACACACUUGUUGGUCAAAUUUCUUUUGGUUGGAGUCCCUUUUAAAAAUACUAAACAACAUGGUCAUACCGUUUUCAAAUUAUAUACGCUGAUGCUCUUCCAUUAUGAAUAAAUAUUUACUGUUCACUACAUGAAACUGUGAUUUGCUAUAGCACAGUAAACACUUCAUGUUGUAAAAGCCAAGUAAAAAAUUGACAUUCAUAUUAAAUAAUGAGCUUCACUCUCUUCUCCUUCUGUUAACUUGUACUUUUGAAAUGCAUUUUAAAUAUGCAUUAAAUGGCACACACUCUGUUUUUGUGGUGAAGAUUUUAAGAACACAAUUUUAAAUAAUGUUCCUACUAUGGCAAGACAUUCACAUACUACUGUACAGAAAACAUACUGAGUAUUUUAAAAUGUUCCUAUUAUGGCAAGACAUAUGUAAAACAUACUGAGUUGUAAUGUUAUUAUUCUCAUAUACAACAAUGCAAGGGAAUCUACCAUUGUUUAAAAAGCAAGUGUCUCGAGAAAGGGAAUGAUUUGGUUUUUUUAUUCUUUACAUAAUCUAACGCAUCUGUCAAAGUGAUUGAGUUAAAACUCCCUCUGAUGUCAGACAUCGAUAUUAAAUCUCAACCUCAGCAAGUGUUGAUAAUCAGCACAACAUUGAAAUGUUGUAACAGGGUGAGCAUCAAUAUACCCUUGAUGUGCUGGAUUUUUAUACCAUAAAAAACACUACCUUGAAGGUUAUUAGACUUUUAAUCUACAUUGAAUUUACAUGUACAUCAAUGUAAUUAUAUUUUAGUUAUUCAAGUUGUCAUUUUUUCCAUGGCCAAAAACUCUUGUUCCUUUUUUCAAAGGAAUGUAUGCUCUGUAGAAUAAGUCUCCUGUAUAAUGGAUCUCUUUCUUUGGUAAGUUUGAUUUUACUGUCAAUGCAAACUUUUCUAGCAAAUGCAGCAGUUGUUAAGUUAUAUAGCUAUCCUGAAGUUUCAGCUUGUUGUUAUCAAGGUGGACAUCACAUGAAAUACACAUUGCAAAUGCCUUAAAGUUCAAUCAUUCCCAAUGACUGAAUGCCAUUUUUUUCCAUGACCUCUAAGGCAUUUGCAAUUCUACUGAGAAACAAGUUUCGCUCUGCAGAGAGCGAAACUUGUUUCUCAAGCAGUCGAAUCCUCUCCCUCUCCAGCUCUACAAGCUGGUCAGUUGGGGACAAUUUUCUUGGAGGGGUCUUGGUGGUGGAGGCGGAGGUGGUUGCAGCAGCUAUUGCAGUUGUGGUAGUGGUUGUGGUAGCAGUGGUGGUGUUGACGGCAGCGGUGGUGGUGUUGACGGAAAUGGUGGUGGUGUUGACUGCAGCGGAGGUAGUGUUGACAGGAACAGGGGUGCAUGAACAUGCUCCUGCUGCCAUGCUGCUAAACAGUAGGCAAGCCUCAUUGUCUCCAUCUAUUGUGUCCUAAGCAAAAAUGAACAUUGUCAUUUGAUUAAAUGCAUGAAUAAAAGAAACCUGUAAAUUGAUUAUAAGACUAUUAGAUAGCAGUCUAAGUGCAAAAUCAACUUGUACCUUAUUUUAAGUGAAAUUUCAUCUAUCUUCAGACAGUUUUUUAUUUUAAACCCUGGUUAACUUAGACCACUCAAUUCAGAAGUUAUGGAGUGGCAGUUUUAAUAUCUUCAGCAAAUUGAGACAUUAAUUCCAUGAAUAGGAAUAUGGAUUUAAUUGUCAGAAUACAACACUUAUAUAUCAUUAUGGUUGAACAAUUGCUAUCAACAUAAUAGUAGAGUGCAUAAUGAAUUUAUUGUUUUGCAUUUAGUCUUAAAUGAUGAUUAAAUAUUUUCACACAUAAGUAUUUGUAUUAUCUCAAUUAACCUAAUAUUGUGGUUUAACAAUAAAAUGAAGUAAUUUUAACUUCACACUACUGACUUUAUACCAC